AUGGCCCUUGGGCCUGCAGGUGCCCCGAGCGACGGGGCCGUCGAGGGGAUCAACCCCCGCGGAACCCAUGCCCCAGCUGUGGAGAAAUGGGCCACCGGAGAAGGGACUGUCCCCGUUCUCGGAGGAGGAGGGGACAUGGACCCUCCAUGGUGGCGCCACGCCAAUGAGGGUGCCCGGGGCUUCAUCAGGCUCCUGCGGCCACAUUUCCUGUCACCACAGCGGAGCCACGGGACCCCGAUAGCCAACUUCUCCUUCUCUGCGGCUGGGGCUCAGCCAGGGCCGGGGGUCACUCGGGGUCAGGGCUCAGUUACUGACCGCAGGGCCACCAUCCCUGAGGCCAGCCCGGUCAUCCAGCCUCCCGCUGCCCUGGGGGGCCGAGGUAUGGAAACCCUCUGGGGCUCGGCUGCUCCUGCCCCAGCCCGCACCACGCCCAUGACCUGGGGACGGGUGGCUCGAGCCCCCGGGGACCACAGGCAUCUGGGGGUCCUGCGGCGCAGUUGUGUGGGGGGAUCCCCCGUGGACAGCGCCCAGCUGGCUACACGGGGACGAGUGGAUCUGAACCAGAGGGCCCAGACGCAGGGGGAGGGGGCAGCCCCGGAGGCCGCCCUCUUGCUGCAGUCCCGGCCCCUUAGGAGCUGUCAGGCGGAGGCCUCCUGGAACCUUCCUGAUCUGGCCUUGUGCACAUCUUGGGAGUCCAGCUGGGCCUCGGUCCUCCACCUUCCGGGCAGCUUCGCGCUGCCCCUGUCCCCAGGUCUUUGCAGUGGCUGUUCCCUCCGCCAGGAACACCCUUUCCCCCGACUCCUCCUCUACCUGCUGCUCUCACCCCUGGAUGCACUCGGCCGGGCCAAGAUGCAGUGUUCCUGGCGCCACCACCUCCUUGGGCUGUUGGUGCAGAUCCUUUUGGCUCUGUGCUUCUUCUCUUACCUGCAUGUGUCCCAAGACAAGCCCAUAUGGCCCCCGAAGUCCAGGGCCACCUCCUCCCAGGGGAACCCCUGCCAGGCCACCCCGGAGCCCCCCGCCCGCCCGCCCCUGCUCCUUCUGCUGUGGACGUGGCCGUUCAACAUCCCAGUGGCUCUGUCCCGCUGCUCAGAGCUCUGGCCGGGGACCCCUGACUGCCAGCUGACCGUGAACCGCAGCGCGUACCCUCGGGCAGACGCGGUCCUCGUGCAUCACCGAGAGAUCAGCUCCAGGCCCCGGGCGCGGCUCCCUCCUUCCCCACGGCCCCCGGGCCAGCGCUGGGUCUGGUUCAACAUGGAACCACCUGACCACUGCCUCAAUCUGAAGGCCCUGGACGGCUACUUCAAUCUCACCAUCUCCUACCGCAGGGACUCGGACAUCUUCGUGCCCUACGGCUGGCUCGAGCCGUGGCCCGGCCAGCCUGAAGACCCCCCCGUCAACCUCUCGGCCAAGACCGAGCUGGUGGCCUGGGUGGUGUCCAACUGGAGGACGGAAUCAGCCAGGGUGCGAUACUAUGAGAUGCUGCGAGAACAUCUCAAGGUGGACGUGUUUGGGCGCUCCCACACGCCGCUGCCCAAGGGGCAAAUGAUGGAGCGGCUGGCCCGCUACAAGUUCUACCUGGCGUUCGAGAACUCCCUGCACCCCGACUACAUCACGGAGAAACUCUGGAAAAACGCGCUGCUGGCCCGGGCCGUGCCCGUGGUGCUGGGCCCCAGCAGAAGCAACUACGAGCAGUUCCUGCCCGCCGACGCCUUCAUCCACGUCGACGACUUCCAGAGCCCCAGGGAGCUGGCCCAGUACCUGCUGGCGCUGGACAGGGACCCCGCGCGCUACCUGAGUUACUUCCGCUGGAGGGAGACGCUGCGGCCCAGGUCCUUCAGCUGGGCCCUCAUGUUCUGCAGGGCCUGCUGGCGGCUGCAGCAGGAGGCCGGCUACCGGACGGUGCCCAGCAUAGCCUCUUGGUUCACCUGA